GGAACGGGACGCCCUCUCCCCCCGCGCCAUGGACGCGCCCGAGGCGGGGCCGGCUCCGCGGCGGAAGCGCCGCCAGAUCCGGCCGUGCGGGCGCUGCGUUGCCGCCGCCGCCAUGAUCAUCCCGGUGCGCUGCUUCACCUGCGGCAAGAUCGUCGGCAACAAGUGGGAGGCCUACCUGGGGCUGCUGCAGGCCGAGUACACCGAGGGGGAUGCCCUGGACGCGCUUGGCCUGAAGCGUUACUGCUGCCGCCGCAUGCUGCUGGCGCACGUCGACCUGAUCGAGAAGCUGCUCAACUACGCGCCCCUGGAGAAGUGAGGGUCUGGCGCCCCCUGCUCCCCGCGGGAGGCUUACCCCGCCUGCCGGCCCUGCCCUCCGCCCUUGGGCCUGUGUCUCUGCUCCGCGGGCAGCUGUCCAGUAAAGGUCUUCGCAGAACCGA